AGACUUUCAAAAGGAGAACUAACCGAAGUAGCUGUCUGCGUUCUGGGUUUCAAAGUCAAAGUCACAUUCGAGUGCCGUACCGUGAUAUUGAUAUCGGAGCCCCGGAUACUCGAGCCGUCGCGAUGGACCGGAGCGGUGCUGUCGAACUGUCACCGAUCGCAGUACCGAACGAUUACCAAGACAGAGGGGAGACCAAAACAGAAGACGCUUACGAAACGCUACAAUUUAAUAACCCAGCGGGGCGGAAAGCUCGGACACUGACCAGCCGGUGGGGAGAUGCUUACAGGAGCUGUGGAAGGAGGGCUGUGUGUUUGCUGCUGAUGGCUGUCAAUGCCGGACUCCUGGGAUCCAUCCUGAUCAUCGUUUCUCUCCACUAUUCUCACACUGCCAGGGGUCUGCCCAGCUCAGCUGCUUCACAGCACGGCUGUCAGUCCCUUGAUGAGUGCUGGCUCCUGCACCAGGAGAAGCUCUAUUAUCUCUCCACUCAGAAGGGAAGCUGUGAGUUUGCCAGCCACUUCUGUGCCCAGAGGCAAUCAGUCCUGGCUGCGGUCGGGCAAGACAGAGAGGGCUUCUUGGCAUCUAGAACUGGGUCUCGGUCGUUCUGGGUGGAGCCCUCUGGAGGUGAAGAGUACACAGACUUAACAUUUGAAUCUUCUGGGGACAAUUUGGAGGAUCUGUUUCCUAUAGACCAGGAGUGGGAUUGGAUGCUCUCAGAUCAAUCCUGCCCUUGUGCUUUGCUGUCUGAAGGUAGAAUUCACUCAGCCCAGCACUGCCAGGAAGAAUUCAACUGGAUCUGCCAGAGAGCUUGACAGGGUUUAAAAUCCAG